AUGACACCCAUAAUCGUAAGGACUAGUUGUUUGAUACCCAUCUUGUGCUCUUAGAGUGAUGGUUUAUUAUCACGUGAGCACGAUUUCAAGCGUCUAAUGAUUACUCGUUCUUCAGUAUGAAGCCACAGUACUUUGAUUCCAAGUCAACGUCAUGGAGAGGAGGAUCGAGUAGAUAAUGUUUAAAUACCGUUCUUAAUUGUUACUUCCAAGUUACAUUAGGAUAGUUUGAACUGACAACAAGGUGGGUAUGAGGAUUUUAAUAGCCCUUUUAUGGGUCCACCACGUUGGGAGUAUCCAGGGGCUUGGAUGGCUUGUUCGAGACUGUUUGGAGGCAUGGAGAUCGUCCAGAGCUGAUCCAUCUAAGUAAGCUUAGAACCGGCCUGGAUGGAUGGCAGGCCGGGCCGACUUUCAAGUCUGCGCUUGGUUUUAAAGCUCCAAUUAUGACGUGUUCUUGACUUGCUACGUUAUUGAUCUUAGUUUUUGUCGGAAAAUUAAAUCUUGUCAACGGAUGGGUUAGCGAGAUGAGAAGAUUUGAAGAAAAACAAUCAGCUGAUGGAGUGAUUCCCUUCCAACCAUCCAUCAGCGGAGCCCGCCGUCCGUCGGUGCAUAUUUAAACCCCCUGGCCUCCAGCGAACUCCCUCAGAAGCCACCACAAACGGGGACUCACCCACAGGAAGGGGAGGAAGGGGAGGAAGAGGGAGAGACAGCGCCGGCCUUCAGCAGCACAGCCAUGGAGGUGGCGUGACGGACCUCAGGGAGAAGCCAAGUCUAACCCCUGUCGUGAACCCUAGCGCGUACACUGUGUCCGUCCCAGCCCCGAGCAAACCUCCCAGCGGUGGGGGUGUGUUCGGUGUGAAGCAGUUUGGUGCCACGGGAAACGGGAUUUCGGAUGAUACCAAGGUAGGCCAUUCUCCUCGUACGGGAAGAGGGGGGAGAGAGAGAAAGAGAGAUUUAGAUGGAGAACGACCGAGCGAGAGGAAAGAGGGAAUUAGUGAAUGAGAGGAAGAGAAAGAGCUCGACAGAGAACCAGCGAUAGAAAGCGUUCGACAGAGAUCAAUCGACCGAGUCAGAGAGAGAAAGAGAGAGAGAGAUUCUGCCGUCAUUCUCAAAUUUUAAAAGGAAUUUUCUCAGUUUAACAAGAUCCGACGACUUCUUAUGAUUCAAUGUUCACGUGACGCUAGCCUUUCCAAGCUGCAUGGGCCGCCGCCUGCAACGAAGAGGGAUCCAACGUCUUGGUUCCCUCCGGAAACGAGUUCCUCGUCGGCCCCAUCAUCUUCUCCGGCUCUCACUGCCAACCCAACAUCGUCUUCCAAGUAAUCCUCCUUCCUUCUCCGGCCCAUACCGCCGUUAAAUAAUCCUCAAAAAACAUAAUCAGCCGCCGUCUCCUGCAGUUGACGGCACCAUCGUCGCCCCAAUCGCCGCCACAGCGUGGGAGCCCGGGCUGUUGCAGUGGCUCAAGUUCACAAAGCUUAAAAGGAUCACAGUCCGCGGCGGAGGCGUCAUAAACAGGCGUGGGGCGUCCUGGUGGGGCGAACCGCCGCACGGAAACGAACUGGUAAGCUACCAUCAUCUACCUCCAUUAGAACAAAUGCAGAGUUGCUCACCCAUUCGGCGGAAACCUAAACUGCUCCGUAUGACUGUUGUAGGUGAGUAGUUCACGGGUCAAGCCGACGGUACGUCUCAGCUUAGCUCUUCUCCUCUUUUGGGCCGGCGGAUUCCCCCUUCGGCGGUGGCGCUGACAGCAGAUACUACUAAUUCAGGCAUUGAGGUUGUACGGCAGUGACGGCAUCACUGUCGCCGGGAUAACCAUUCGCAACAGUGCCCAGUGCCACCUAAAGUUCGACAGCUGCACCGCCGUGGAGGUCUUCAACCUCACCGUCUCCUCCCCCGGUUUCAGCGUCCACACCGACGGAAUACACCUGCAGAACUCCAAGAAUGUCUCCAUCCACCACGUCGUCCUGGGUUGCGGUAAUCCUCUCGCUCUCCUUGCUCCACUUUUCUCCGCCAGCCAGCGGUAGCGGCGGCGCCGCCGGUGACCUCGCUGGUUCGUCUCCUGUUGCAGGCGACGACUGUGUGUCCAUACAGACGGGUUGCUCCGACGUGGAGAUCCGCAGCAUGGCGUGUGGGCCGGGACAUGGCAUCAGCAUCGGGGGCCUCGGCGGCGGAAACAGCAUGGCUUGCGUCUCCAACAUCACCGUCCAGGACGUGACCCUGAGGGGAACGACCACCGGCGUCCGUAUCAAGACCUGGCAGGUGAUGGCUUCUUUUUGACUUUCUCUGACGACUCCUCUUUCUUCUCUCUCUCUCUCCCUCCCUCUCAUGUGCUCGACGGAAUGCAGGGAGGGUCGGGCCUAGUCGAGAACAUAAGGUUCUCCAACAUCUGGGUCACCGAGGUGAAGAUCCCCGUGGUCAUCCAGUACUACUGCGACAAGGGCUGCGCCGCCUGCCGGAACCAGUCGUCGGCAGUGGCGCUGGCCGGCAUAUCGUACGAGGGCGUGAGGGGAACCUACACGGCGAGCCCCCUGCACCUGGCGUGCAGCGACAGUGCGCCGUGUGCGGGCAUCCGUCUGAGCAACGAGCACCUCGAUCCCGCGCCGGGGCGCGGUGGCGGCACAGGCGGCCCCUUCUGCUGGCAGGCGCACGGCCAGCUGACGAGCCCUGUCGUUCCCCUCGUUGGGUGCCUGCAAAGCGGGGAGAGCACUCCCCACCCAGCCCCAGCUUCCUGCUGACUGAAGGGAGUCGCCACUAAAGUUAUGGCCGCAUUACUUGACUUGUAUCAGCAUGUAGGAUCUCUAAAGAGGGAGAGAGAGAGAGAGAGAGAGAGAGAUGUGUCAUUUAGCGUGAGAGCGUGGGACUUUUAAGGGAGAAACUCGCCUAGUAUUUGUUGAGUUAUACCAGCGUGUAGGAACUCCAGAGAGGAGAGAGAGAGAGAGAAACUCGCACAUCUUCGCCAAUGAUGCAAGGGAGGCAUGAUGAUGAAGGAAUUUCAGAGGCUGGAGCGCUUACUUUUUUGAUAUGACUCGCAUCGGAUUUCCUCAUUUUUAUGGUCUAUGAUAUACCACAUUGCAGGAAUAGUUGCAGGAAAGAAGAGCGGCGGCCUCCGAGGUGCAAGAUUUUGAAGCCGGGAAGAAGAUGAGGAAGAGAAGCCCAUCGGCAGUAUGCGAAGCUCACCCGCUGAACAAGUCCGUGACCUUCCUGUAAUCCCCCAGAUAGUCAAUAAAUGGCAGAAUUCAGCACCAAAAGCGGAAAAAACAUGGCGACCCAGUUCGCAGCAGGGGGGAACAGAGUUGACCUUUGCCUCCCAUCACAGUAUCUUGCGGCGUCGACCGUAAAAGUAGGCGACGGCGGCGACCGAAACAGCCACGACGACGCCCGCCGUCGCGUGCCACGUGUAGAUGGGUUUCUCGAGAAGAAUCCUGCCGCCGUCUGGGAGGCCCUGCUGGUUGACCUGGACAGCAAAAUUGAGGCCCUGUGUCUCCAGCUCGGCCAGGUCUUUGACUUCUAUCUUCAGCCUGAUUACCUUCGCUAUGGCCUCAUACUCCUCCCUGUCUCCGCCCUCGAGGAAGGCCCCCACAACUCGGCCACGGUCAACCCAGUACGCGCCAAACCUCGCGCCAGCGAAGUCGCCGUAGUGGACGACCUCCCCUCUGUUGUCUCCAUAGAACUGCCAGGAUAACCCGAAGACUCGGGAGUAGAAGAAGGGCAGAUAGUCAAAUUCUCUGGUCUUCCCAGGCUCCAUUAUGGCGGAGACGGCGUGCCUCGCCGUCUGCCGGGCAGAGUCAACAUGCUCCAGCCGGCGGACGCCGCCGCCGAAGAGCUUGACAGGGAAGGCGGCCACGUCGCCGACGGCGUAG